UGGUAAUACUUUCCUGCGAUUAAAUGCCUCGCGUCGAACGAGUUUUGCUAAUAUUUAAUAAUUUUACAGUACAUAUUUGUUUGUUACAACUCGUCGAAUAAUUCUUAAAGAAUUUCUCCAAAAUGUCAAAAGCACAUCCACCAGAGUUAAAAAAAUUUAUGGACAAAAGGCUGUCAUUGAAAUUAAAUGGUGGUAGAUCAGUGACUGGAGUGCUUCGUGGAUUUGAUCCAUUCAUGAAUCUUGUAGUCGAUGAUUCAGUAGAAGAACUUAAGGAUGGGGGUAGAAAUCAAAUUGGAAUGGUUGUGAUUCGAGGAAACAGCAUAGUCAUGGUAGAAGCUUUAGAUCGAAUUUAGCAUAACUGUUUAGAAAUAAGUAAUUUUAUAAUUUUAUUUUUAUGUUAUAUGUAAGGAAAAAAAUAAAACAUUCUUUUUGAAGUGCUAUAUUCAAUUUUCUUUUAUACCAUUGUAA